AUGGGUGAAAUGUAAGAAAGAGUGGCAGAGGAGGGAUCAUUCUUCUAGGAUGGAUGGACAAAAGCUAUCAAGACAAAGCAGUAGUAGUAGUAGUGGGCCAAACACAGAAGUAAAUAAAGCAGACAAAAAAACCCCAAACAAAAUAAAUAAAAAAAAAAAAAAUAACAACAUGUAAUGAGAACAGAACAAUUACAACAAUGAGAUUAAGUCAAAUCUGUGUUGGGUUAAACAUAAUGCUGCAUAAGUACAGAUGUGUCACAGCAAAGUGACCAUAUUGUGUGACAAGCACUGGUCUGAUCAAUAAUAAUCACAAAAACAUAGUCGCUGUUACAAUAAACGGGCUGGAAAACAAAGACAAAUCAUUGUGCAGUGCAACAGCCCAAUUACAGAAGCUAGUGACAUAUACACACAAGCAACAUAUUACAUACUUACAAAGUAAAUCUAUACAUCUAUACUGUAGGAAACAAUAAACGAUGGCUACAAUAGGGAAAACCACAGGCAUCCAGGGUGAGACGUGCAAAAAUACUGCAAAACACGGCGACAGUGAAGGCAUCAUUUGACUGACAAUCCCGCAGCCUAAUCCAGAGAGUGAGGAUGCAGAGCAGCAGUGAUAUGUGUCGAAUGAACAUCGGCUGAGCACUUCUUUCGGCUGUGAUUGACAAAAGCCAGCAAACACUUUUGUUCAUUCGGCUUUAGAGAGCCCUUUUCCGAGCCCGAGGCCGUCGGCUUUGACGCUGUAAAUCUCCUCCGGACCGGGACCUCGCAGACGUUACGUUGGGACAAUGGAAUCUAACGUUAUCCCGGACAGUAUCCGCCCUCAGCGGCUACAGCCAGGGAUCGGAUUCGGUUCGGGACCGACCGGGACCCUCCGCUCCUCUCUCCGGCCCGGGGUGACGGUCCCCAUCGCGCCGCUCUUGCCCUCCCCGGCCUCUCUGGCCGCGUCGUCCGGGCCUCCUCCUCCGCCUCCCCCGCUGCAGCUCCACAGCCUGUACGGCGGUGUCGGAGCGGGGCUGGGGCCGGGGGCUGCCGGCCACUGUAACCCGGGGAACCCGGCGGUGCUGAAGGAGGCGGUGGAGGCUGUGGUCCGCAGCUUCGCUAAACACACGCAGGGUUACGGCAGAGUAAACGUGGUGGAAGCUUUGCAGGAGUUCUGGCAGAUGAAACUGACCAGAGGGGCUGACCUGCGGAACGGAGCGCUGGUGGUUUAUGAAAUGGUCCCCUCCAACAGCCCGCCAUACGUCUGCUAUGUUAGCCUUCCCGGAGGCAGCUGCUUUGGAAGUUUUCAGUUCUGUCCCACCAAGGCCGAGGCAAGACGCAGCGCUGCCAAGAUCGCCCUGAUGAACUCGGUUUUCAACGAACACCCCUCUCGUCGUAUCACAGAUGACUUCAUUGAAAAGAGCGUCAGCGAGGCUCUGGCCUCCUUUAAUGGAAACAGAGAAGAGGCAGACAACCCGAACACAGGAAUCGGAGCAUUUCGCUUCAUGCUCGAGUCCAACAAAGGCAAAUCGAUGCUGGAGUUUCAGGAGCUGAUGACAGUGUUCCAGCUGCUGCACUGGAAUGGGAGUCUCAAAGCCAUGAGAGAACGACAGUGUUCCCGACAGGAAGUGCUGGCUCACUAUUCCCAUCGGGCUCUUGAUGACGACAUGCGCACUCAGAUGGCCGCCGACUGGGUGAACCGAGAACAGAGUGUAGCGAGCACCAUCGCGCAAGAGCUGGCAUCGACGGAGCGAGAACUGGAGGACGCCAGGCUGGCGGGCAGAGAACUGCGUUUUUACAAAGAGAAGAAAGACAUCCUGAUGUUAGCUGUGGGCCAACUCAAUGCAGCCAACACUGCCACCCUGCCCUCGCACUAAAACCUGCCGUUCUCUAUGGAAACACGCCUUCACACUCUGUGGGAUUCCUGGUAAAGAUAUCGAUCACUUCAUAGGUAUAAAGGUGAUGUCGUUUGAAGUUUUAGGGUUUUUUUCUUAUGCUUUGUCAUGAGGACCAGGUAAUAAGGCCUUGACUUACAGUAUGCACAUCUGUCCGUAAAGUAAACACCUGCCGCUAUAGCCGUUACCUCUUUGUGCCUAGUGAUUACAGGAUAACAGUGCUUUUUUUUUUUUCAGAAAAACCUGUAAAUGUGCUUGGCAUACCAGCUGACUGAGGUUUUUUCCUUGUUUCACAUGUAUGUAGACCUACAGAAACAAAACCUGCCUUUCAUCAGUGAAUGUACGGGACAUAAGUUAAGAUGACCCAUCGAACCAAACACAUUUGUAAAAGGUGUGCAUCACUCUGAAGUUUGUCUCUCACGUUUUGGGUGUGUUCAUUUGCAUAUAUUAUUUUGGCAGGUGAAGGUGGUAAAAUAUAUGGGUCUUAAAAUCCUUGAUCGCAUGUACCCCAUGUCCAUUAAAGGUCCCAUAUACAGACAGCGUUCUGUUUUAGUGCCUGUCUCUUUAAGCCCCCCCUCCCGAAAAGCCCACUCUGCUGCGAUUGGUCAGCUCCCACAGGCCUGAGCAGGCACCGCCCAAUUUGUUUCCACAUUAACUCCCUUGUAAGGGCGGUGACUUCACAACCUUAUGGAAGUCCUGAUGCCUCGUUUGAAGCCUCAUCUCAAUACAGAGUUUUUGGAUUGAGCGCUUUUAAACUUUCAGAGUAUUUAAAGCACCAUGCCCAGCUUUAUUAUCAAAAAAGACACAGAGAUCUCGCUUUCUACAAUAUGGGACCUUCAAUGAAAUAGUGUAAAUAUGUGGAAAUUGCAUCCUCGAGUAAUAACCAGAAUUCAAGUAAGCAUUUAAUCAUACUUAUUGGCUCUUGUAAUAAUUUGAGGGUACUUUGCAAAAAUGUCAGCAGACGACUGAUUGCUCUGACAGCAGCUCAGGUUUUUGAACAAUCCAAAAGUGAACCAUCACUACAUUUUAUUUUCUUUAUGAAGGUUUUUGACAACUUUUUUAGUUUCCAUUGUAUGCCUGGUGACCAUGACACUGGCUGAAUGUAUAUUUUCAGUGUGCUAGCAACUAAAGGGUCUGAAACGCGAUGCCGUUUAACAUUUAGACUAUUGAAUUGCUCUAGAUUGUGUUUCUUUUGUCGUGUGCUUCAUCUAGCAGUGGUCAGAGGUAAAAUGUGAAGGCCAAGUUGUGAGUUGAGGGUUUUUAACAAGCUGAUUCAUCAUGUGUGAGUCAUUGCAGUUGAUGCAAAACAAUACCAGCCAGUGUGGUUUCUGUUUUUCAACAGACUGGAAACAGAAUGUGUUUGUUCGCAGUGCUAUUGUACAGUAUGUCCAUGAGCUAAAAACAUAGUAUGUAACUCGCACUUAACACAUUUCACAUAUUUUUACGUUGAAGGACCUGAUCUCUUUUUUGCUGUAAAUGUUUUUUUUUCCCCAUCCAUCCAAAAUGUAUUGAAUACAUUAUUGUGAUGGAGAUGUUUGGGUGAGUAGCCUCUUAAAGACCCCAUCUAAUGGAAGUGAGAGUUUAAUUGGUCAUGUGUGGCUCUGGUUUGAAGGAAAUGUGGGAAGCGAGUUAUGCAAGUUAAACAGCAGGAGGGCCCGUCUCCCUGCUGAAUGCUGGAUUACAACAGCAGAAACUGAUUACGCUCAAUUUGAGGAGGCGGCAAACAGAAAACAAAGCAGCAGAGAUACAGUGUUAUUAAAGCCAGAACCAAUUUUAUUAUUUCAUUGCUUGAAUUAUUGUGCCUUUAUGAAAUUGGUCACAUGCAAUAGUUUUGCAUGUAAGAAAAAAACAAAAACUCUUAGUUUGAAUUUCAUUCAAUGAGGUCUUUAAGGGACGUUUUACUCUUCCUUACGAGUUUUUUUUAUCAUUGUCAUUUAAAGGUAGAAUUAUAGAUUACAUGCUAUAGUUGCAGUACCUUGAAUGAAUAGUUUAAGAUUUUGGGAAAUGUGUUUAUUUAUUUGGUGGACAGUAAGAUGAGAAAAUUGAAGGAAAAACUACCAUGGCUUGCUCACGAGUAAACAAGCUAUAUCUUUUUUGUUUAAUCUGUAUAAAAACCAAAGUGUGAAAAUGGUAAUUCACUUUUUCACAGGUGUUUGAGUGCUAGACUAAACCAUUUCUCGACUGGGGCCAGUAACUUCCUGGAGUCUCUGCUCUGAGCCAUGAAAUAGUCUGGCUAAUUUGUUGCUCAUAUUAUGUUAAUAUUUACAGCACAAACGUACAAUUGGUCAAUCUUUUCAUCUAACUCUCCACCAGAAAAUUGAUGAGCGUAUUUCCUAAUAUAGCAAACUGUUCUUUAAAUAUGUUAUGUGACAUUAGAUUAAGAAUGAUUUAUAAAAUCUCUACUACCUUUGGCACACAUUUAUGAUAAUGAUCACUUUGCUAAAGUAUGUGUGUGUGUGUGUGUGUGUGUGUGUGUAUAUAUAUAUAUAU